ACAACAACAAAAACGGCUGGCGCACAGAUAGCCCGGAAAAUAAAUCGAAACAAAUAAUGAGCCGUAAUUAGCGCGCGUGCCAGUUUGUCUGUGAGCAGCGCAACCCCGCAUCACCCGGGUGAGGAAAGGAGAGAUUCGCUGAAGCGGAGUGGAGUGGAGUGGCAAUUAUUGUCAUCGCAUUACCGAUGAAUAAGUGCCUCUGCGAGUGUGAGCGUGUGUGUGUUUAAGAUACACCCACCUUGAGGGACAACAACAAUAAAUCAAGCGAGAAAACAAACAAGCGGCUGCGAUUACCCACGAUUACGGCCACGGUUACAGUUACGCAGCCCAAGAGCAGGGUCACCCGCCCAGUUGCUCCCGUGGCUCGCCCUUGGCACCAGAAAUAAGAAGCCCCCAAGAGAACAGACAAUUCCAAUCCGAUCCGAUCCGAUCCCAUACGAAUUCCAAUAGCUGGGCGUUCGCGCCAACUAUAAAUAGAAAUAACAACAACGCAGCAGCAAACAACUGUCCAUAUCCAUAUCUACAUACAAAUAUUGACGCAGAGGAAGAAGCCCUCAAGUAUUACUCUUCAUUCCGAGAUUAAAGCAGCAGACAUUUGCAUUCACCAGCAAAUAGGCAAAUAGAAGGAAGAGGGGGAAAGAAGGCCUUCCAGCAACACGAUACCAUAUCAGAACGAAAUGGACACGGUAGGGGAAAAUGUCCCCAAUGGAACCGCUCCUGCAGCCCCAAAAACAACCAUGGAUAUUGUCAAGGAGCGAUUUAAGGAAGACGAAACCAUAGAAUACAUAUUCGAGGCUUAUCAGAUCAAGGGUCCCGAGUAUACUAAUCGACUACUGGCGCUUGUGUCCUCGAAAUCGGGCGGAACAUUCGCCAUCAUCGCCUUCUCCUACCUGCGCACUCCGCUGACCUCCGUGAACGAGCUGAUCAUCAACAAGGUGUUCGCUAUCGACCACAAUUUCCAGCUGCGGCAGGAUAGCAAAAGCUCGAUCACCACACAGCAGUUUGACUUGUCCACCGCCGAAGAUGGCCCCAUCAAGUACUACUACUAUGCCACGGAAGGCGACCACUACGAGGAGUUUGUGGCCAAGGUGAUCUCCUUUAAGAGCACCAUGGCACAGCACGAUCCCGAAACGGUGCUCAACUUCAGGUGGCUCAACGACUAUCGUCAGAUCGGCGAGGUGAAGCAAGAGCUGAAGAAGCGCGAGAGCGAGUACAUUGUUUACAAGGAUAUUAUCAUCUACUGUGCCACUUGGAACGUGAACAACAAGACCUGCAGCGACAGCAGCAAUCCGCUGCGACCCUGGCUGGCGUGCAGCGAACAGCCGCCGGAUAUCUACGCCAUUGGACUGCAGGAGCUGGACACUCCCACAAAGGCCAUGCUGAACUCAACCCAGGUGCAGGCCAUCGAGAAGCAGUGGAUCGAUAAGAUGAUGGACAGUGUCCACCCAGGCGUAGAGUACGAGAUCCUGAUGUCCCACCGCCUUGUGGCCACCAUGCUGACGGUCAUCGUGCGCAAGCAGCUGCGACAGCACAUCAUUCGGUGUCGCCCCAAGUCGGUGGCCCGCGGCAUCUUCAACACACUGGGCAACAAAGGGGGUGUGGCCAUCAGCCUGCAGCUCAACGAGGGCAACAUCUGCUUCGUCAACUCCCACCUGGCCGCCCACAUGGGCUACGUGGAGGAGCGGAAUCAAGACUACAACGCCAUCGUGGAGGGAAUUCGCUUCGAUGACGGACGCACUAUCAGCGAUCAUGAUCACAUCUUCUGGCUGGGCGAUUUAAACUAUCGCAUUCAGGAGCCACCCGGACAGCAGAGACCAGGACCGCUGAGCGAUGCCCAGACCUACGAGCUCCUCCUGCAGUACGACCAGCUGCGCCAGGAGAUGCGCCGCGGCAAGUGCUUCGAGGGCUACACCGAGGGCGAGAUCAAAUUCCGACCGACGUACAAGUACGACCCAGGCACGGACAACUACGACAGCAGCGAAAAGCAGCGUGCGCCGGCCUACUGCGACCGCGUCCUCUGGAAGGGAACGCGCAUCGAGCAGCUGGCCUACAACAGCAUCAUGGAGAUCCGCCAGAGUGACCACAAGCCCGUGUACGCCGUAUUUCGGGUGAAGAUCAAGACGCGCGACGAGGUCAAGUACAAGCGGGUACAGGAGGAGGUGCUCAAGGCGGUGGACAAGCGGGAGAACGACAACCAGCCGCAGAUCAAUGUGGAGAAGACGGUGAUCGAUUUUGGAACAGUGCGAUUCAACGAGCCAAGCACACGGGACUUCAACGUCUACAACAACUGUCCGCUGCCCGUUGACUUCAGCUUCAAGGAGAAGGACAUCCACGCCAUCUGUGAGCCUUGGCUACAUGUUGAUCCUCGCCAGGACUCGCUGCUGAUCGACUCCGCCCGCAGCAUUCGGCUGAAGAUGCACGUCAAUGUCCGCACCAUUGCCGGUUUGCUACGCAAGAUCCGCGUCAGCGAUAACUUUGACAUUCUCAUCCUGGACGUGGAGAAUGGUCGGGACAUCUUUAUCACGGUGACCGGCGACUACCAGCCCAGUUGCUUCGGUCUCUCUAUGGAGACGAUGUGUCGCACCGAUCGCCCCUUGAGCGAGUACUCCCAGGAUCAGAUCAAGCAGCUAAUGAAUAACGAAUCCCCGGAGUAUCGCGUGACCAUGCCGCGGGAGUUCUUCCUACUGAUCGAUUAUCUGUACAGGCAGGGUUCCCAGCAGGAGGGUGCUUUUCCCUCCUACGACUCGCGACUUUCGCUCGGCGCUCAGUUCAACUCGGUGCGCGACUGGCUGGAUACCUGGUCGGAUGAGCCAUUUCCUGCUAAUGCGGAGACUGCUGCGCAGGCGCUGCUGCUUUUGCUGGAUCUGCCGGACCAGGCACUGUUGGAACCGGUGGUCGAGAACCUGCUAGAGUGCACCAACAAGUCGCAGGCCAUGGACUACAUAUCGCUGCUCAGUCCGCCAAAGAGGAACGUCUUUAUGCACCUGUGCAUGUUCCUGCGCGCAGGCAUCGAGAGCCAGUAUUACGAUCUACAUCAAGUCGCCUCCACCUUUGGCCGUAUCCUGCUGCGCAGCACCGAGCGGGCCGCCUGGAUGGACUACCACAGCCGCUGCAUCCAGUUCAUGCGGCUCUUCAUCGACUCCGACGUCGAGACAAUGGGCAACAGCAAUGAGGGCGCCGGAACUGGGACGGGAUCCGGAUCCGGGGCCAGGGCCGGACUGCAGGCAUAGUCGCCGGACCCUAGUCCCGACACUGUUGAUAGUUAUCUGAACACAUAGUGUUAGGCUAUUUAUUUUACUAGUUGGUACUUUGUUGGCACUUAGCAUUUAUGUAUAUUUCUCUGUUUUACCUGUUAAUUGUUUGUGCCCGCCUUCCGUUCAUUCCAACUCGGUUGCCCCCGUCUCGCAUCCCGGAAUCACCUGGUUUUUGUUAUAAUCACAUACAUGCAUCACCAAAUCUCGAAGAAAAAGUCGACACUGCGGAUCCAUCUAUGAACGAUAAAGUGCAGAGGCUUGUGUAGUAGAAGGCCACCGUAAAAAUGAAUCUAUUGUAUAAAUAGGUAAUACGAAACGUUCUGCACACCCGUUUAAUCAAUGUUAAGUUGAACACGAUUGCUUGUUAAUUUAGAAUAAUAUUGCGUGACCCCCAAAAACCCGGUUUCAGUUCCAACUGAAAAUAAAUAACACAUACAGUUUCAAA